AUGGCGUGGCCGUGCAUCAGCCGCCUGUGCUGCCUGGCGCGGCGCUGGAACCAGCUGGACCGCUCCGACGUCGCCGUGCCGCUCACCCUGCACGGCUACUCGGAGCUGGACCGCGACGAGCCGGGCCCCGCCGCCGCCGCCGCCGCCUCGCGCAGGGGCGCGUCCCCCGCGGGCGCUCGGGACCCGGGGCCCGACGUGCCGCUCACGCAGUACCAGCGCGACUUCGGCGUGCGGACGGCGCCCGCGGGGACCCGGGAUGCCACCCCGAGGCGCGGGCUCCGGGCCAAGUCCGCCGCCGGGGGCAUCUACGUGCUGCCCGUGGGCGACGCGGACGCGGCGGCGGCCACCACGUCUUACAGACAGGAAUUCCAGGCCUGGACUCAAGUAAAGCCCUCGAGAUCCACGAGGCCAAAAGCAGCCGCAGUCAUCAAAACCCACGGCCCUGGAUGGGACAGCGGCCCCGGGAGCAGCUUCCAGGCUCCUGAAGUAAAGAAGUUCACACCAAACCCUUCUGCCAUUUUUCAGGCCUCAGCUCCCCGGAUUCUCAAUGUGUGACCAUCAGCUUUGUGGGGAGCAGAGAUCAUGGCUGCUGGGUGAGCUGAGCAGGUCCAUGACCCACCCGCCAGGCUAGGUCCUCUGCUGACAGGACGCUAGCUCCAGGCACGGCACAGAGCAGCAGCAGGACACAGCACCAGCAGCUCCAGCUGCCCCUUCCAUCCUCUAGCAGGAGUGGAGGCUUGUUUCAAACUGCCACUGGCCAUCCUUCAGUUUUUACAUCUGAAGAUCCUGAAGCCAGUUCUGCCGCCAACUGCACUGGCCUGUGGACGGAGACUCUAUCAGGACCUUGAUAGACCAGGAAUGCCCACUUUGGGCGAUUUUCCCAAGAUGCAUGAUACUUUUAAGUUGACAACCUAUAAUAAGGCAAUACCCUUGGAUUUUUCUAUAAAGGCCCACAUGCUCAAGUUGUGGAAGAAAUCUUAGGUUAUCACCUGCAUGUGAUUGAUGUCACGUGAUGCUGAGUAAUGAGAAUGUUCCAGGAUUAAUUACAGGGCUUCAAUUUCAAGGACAUUCUUUUUUACCUUUUGCAUGUGUGAGUGGCUAUAUGUGUGUGUGAGCCAGGGGAUGGCACGGGGUGCUUUCCUCAGUUCUCUACCUUGUUAUUUGAGCCAGGGUCUCACACUGAAGUUAGAGCUCAGAUUCUGCUCGGCUGCCUGUCCCUGCCUUCCCUGGCUUUUCCUGUGGAGGUCGACCUCAGGUCCUCAGGCUUGUACAGCAUGCACGUGACUCGUGAAGCCGUCUCCCAAGCCCAAAGACACAAUUUCUUUAUGGCCAAGAGGAUUCCCAAAUGUUUCCACAAAACAUUUCUUAGGCGGAGAAACUCAAAAUAUAUGGUAGUUUCUGAAGGCUGAA